CAACCUGUACUUAAUUCUUCCCACCCCCCAACGGGGGCAGACAGGAGAGGAAACAGAGCGCGAGACUGCCGGUCUCUGAGCUGUGGUGUCUCUUGUUCUCGUUCUCCUUCCAUGGACCACCACCGCCCAGCACCCAAUCCCAACUCCGCCAAGCGCCACUCCGAGGUCCUCCUCGGAAGGUACGAGCUGGGCCGCCUCCUCGGCCGCGGCACCUUCGCUAAGGUCUACCUGGCGCGCUCCCUCUCAGACGGUGGCGCCGUGGCCGUCAAGGUCCUCGACAAGCCCGAGCUGGUCGACUCCGGGUUGUCCCGCAGCUUCCUCACCGAGGUGGCCGCCAUGCGCCGCCUCUCCCACCCCAACAUCCUCAAGCUCUACGAGGUCAUGGCCACCCGGUCCAAGAUCUACCUCAUCGUGGAGCACGCCCCCGGAGGUGACCUGCUCGCCCGCGUCGCCCGCCGAGGCCGCCUCCCCGAGUCCGUCGCCCGCCGCUACUUCCAGCAGCUCGUCUCCGCCCUGCACUACUGCCACGCCCGCGGCGUCGCCCACCGCGACGUCAAGCCCCAGAACCUCCUCCUCGACCGCGACGGCAACCUCAAGGUGUCCGACUUCGGCCUGGCCGCGCUGCCCGAGCAGCUCCGCGACGGUCGCCUCCACACCGCCUGUGGCACGCCGGCGUACACCGCCCCUGAGGUUAUCCGCCGGAAGGGCUACGACGGCGCCAAGGCCGACGCCUGGUCCUGCGGCGUCAUCCUCUUCGUCCUCCUCGCUGGCUCCCUGCCCUUCGACGACGCCAACCUUGCCCUCAUGUACCGGAAGAUCCACAAGCGCGAGUAUGAGCUGCCGCCGUGGGUCUCCCCGUCGGCGCGUCGGCUGCUGCUCCGGCUGCUGGACCCCAACCCCGAGACCAGGAUCACCAUCGGCGCAUUGAUGGAGCACCCGUGGCUGAAGCGGUCCUUGAGCCUGGACUCGCAGCUCAGUAGCAUGGCGCACCUUCCUCCGACCACAAGAAACGAUCUCACUCCCAUCCUGAACGCGUUCGAGCUCAUAUCCCUGUCGUCGGGUUUGAACCUCUCGGGGCUGUUCGACGACGGCGAUAAGAAGAAGAAGAAGAAGGAGAAGAGGUUCACUUCGACGCAGUCCGUCGAGAAGAUCAUGGAGAGGAUCGACGCGACCGGAGAGAAACUGGGCUACAUGGUGGAGACAAGAAAGGGAUCAGCAGUGGCGAGGUGGGGGUCGAUCUUGUCGGUCGAGGUAUUGGAGGUGGCCUCGCCGCUUCUGCUAGUGGAGCUAAAACUCGAAGACAGCGGCGAUAGUGGCAGCAGCGAAGGUGAAGACUUUUGCUGGGAGGAGUUGAAGGCAGAGCUGGGAGACAUAGUGUUUGCAUGGUAUGACGGUGGGGGGGAUUCAUGAGCCUCCUCAGCUUGUCUGUAAUAAUAAUCUUCUUCUUCGUAAGUUCCAGGAUCCAUGGAGGAGGAGACCCUUGAAACAGUGGUCUCUGUUCUCUGUUUCCUUUC